AUCGCGUUUUUUAAUUGCACCUGAUCACAUCUCUCCCUGAUCUCUCUCUCUCUCUCUCUCUCUCUCUCUCUCUCUUCAGUCGCCGUCUUUCCGGAGCUCGUUAAUGGUGGAUCUCUAGAUAAAACUUCCCCAGUGGCGUCGUUGGAGCUCGCGGUUCGGUGAGUAAAUGGUUUUGCAUUGAAUGUGGCCACCGCUGGUUUGAGUUUCGAGCCGAAACCCUGGUAGGGCGCUGCGCCCGCCACGCCUUCGCUUCGGCUUCGCAACUACCUACACUCUUUCUUUAUGGCUACGAUGUCGGCUUCUACGUUCCUGUCGCAUCCUCAUGUCCUUCGCACGAGUCUCUAGUUCAGUUUGCUCAACGACAAGGGGAAAGAUAUGAGGGUUUUGUGCCUUGGUUCAAUGGAACACUGUGCUGGAGGAAAUGGGGGAAGGAUCGCUGUGAUGCGCAGUUAAAUCUGUCUUCUUUUGCAUUGUUUGUUUUUUUUUUGUGUGUGUGGUUAAUUUGUGGUUUUGCAAAAGCAAAUUGCAGAGAAUUUGAGGUUUUCAUAGCGCGAUCGAGGAUCUAUCUAUAUCUUCGGCACGAAAUGGCUGGGAAGAGAAUGUUCUUGGCGGUGUUUGCUGUCUGGCUAUCGACCUUCGCCGCCGGAUCCAAUGCCGGAAGUCUGGUGGAGGACAGACAGGCGUUACUCGAUUUCGUCGCUUCCAUCCCCAACAGCGGCGGCCUCAAUUGGAGCCUGGCCAUCUCCGUCUGCGGAGGCUGGAAAGGCGUCACCUGCAACCCUGACGAAUCCCGCAUCGUCGCCGUUCGCCUUCUGGGGAUCGGCUUCAGCGGCCCGGUCCCGCCCAACACUCUCAGCCGCCUCUCCGACCUCCGGAUCCUGAGCCUCCAAUUCAACAACAUCUCCGGCAGCUUUCCGGUGGACUUCGCCAACCUGACCGCCCUCACCGAGCUCCACCUCCAAUUCAACAACUUCUUCGGCCCUCUGCCGUCAGAUUUAUCGCCGUGGGAGAAUCUGACCACGCUGGAUCUCUCCUUCAAUGGCUUCAACGGGAGCAUCCCUGCUACCAUCUCCAAUCUCACUCAUCUUGCUGUUCUCAACCUCUCUAACAACUCCUUCUCUGGUCAAAUUCCAGAUCUGGGGCUCCCAAACCUCCUCUUUCUCAAUCUCUCCAAUAAUCAUCUUAAUGGUACAAUUCCCAAAUCCCUCCGAAGAUUUCCAAAUUCUUCUUUUUUUGACAACGACUUGUCUCCUACAUACACUUUAGCUCCAUCAUCACCACUACCACUGCCUCCUGUUCCUUCUCCUUCUCCUUCUCCUUCUCCUUCUCCAAGCUCAAUAUCAAUGAGGAAGUCGAAUGAAUCUUUAAUUCUUGGAAUUGCAGUUGGGGGAUGUACUUUACUGUCUAUUGUACUUGCGCUGCUACUCUAUCUGUUCUGCUCAAGGCGGACAGACAAGAACUCAGUGUUGUCAGGGAAACGGUCCAUGGAGGAUCGAUCACCGGAGAAGGCAGUGUGCCGAAAUCAGGAAGUGAAUAACCGUCUGGUGUUCUUCGAGGGUUGUGCAUUUGCCUUCGAUUUGGAGGAUCUACUGAGGGCUUCUGCUGAGGUUUUGGGGAAAGGAACACAUGGGACUGCAUACAAAGCAAUGCUAGAAGACGCGACAAUGGUGGUGGUGAAACGUUUGAAGGAAGUUGGAGUUGGAAAGAAAGAGUUUGAACAACAGAUGGAGAUGGUAGGGAGGAUACGACACGAGAAUAUAGUGGAUCUACGAGCGUAUUACUACUCCAAAGAUGAGAAGCUCAUGGUGUAUGACUACUUCACUGAAGGCAGUGUUUCUGCCUUGUUACAUGCGAAUAGAGGACAGAACAGAAUCCCUCUACAUUGGGAAACCAGGCUUAACAUUGCACUAGGUGCAGCAAGAGGAAUUGCUCACAUUCACCUUGAAAAUAAUGGGAAACUUGUUCAUGGAAACAUCAAAUCAUCCAAUGUUUUCCUGAACGGCCAGCGGUAUGGUUGUGUCUCUGACUUGGGACUGUCGUCCCUCAUUAACUCCAUGGUCCAACCUGUGCCUCGCUCAGCUGGCUACUGCGCACCAGAGGUGGUUGAUACAAGGAAAGCAAUGCAAGCAUCUGAUGUCUACAGCUUUGGUGUUCUCAUGCUCGAGUUGCUCACGGGGAAAUCUCCCGUUCAUGUAGUGGGUGGUGGUGACGAGGUGGUUCAUCUAGUCCGCUGGGUUCAGUCUGUUCUUCGCGAGGAAUGGACUGCAGAGGUGUUCGACGUGGAGCUUAUGAGGUAUCCUAAUAUCGAAGAGGAGAUGGUGGAGACACUUCAAAUUGCAAUGAACUGCGUUGCAAGAGUUCCUGAGAGGAGACCCAAAAUGGCAGAAGUGGUCAGGAUGAUUGAAGAAAUCAGAAGGUUUGACAACGGGAACCGACCUUCAUCCGAAGUUGGAUCAGUGAGCACAGCACCGACAUCGAUACUUCAUACUGAAGCAUAAUGAAGUCCACAAUAAGGCCAUGUUUUUUUUUCUGUUAGAUUCUUGCGCUAUGUUGAAAAUGGUUUAUUUUAGUGAGGAAUCUCUACAAUCUAGAGGAGAAAAGUAACUUUGAUCUGUUGACUGUGUCAUCUAUUGGUUGCCAUAAGUGCAAGCAUUAAAAUGUUGCUGAUUUUAGAAGUGUUAAGAUCUGAAACAUUUUUAUCUGUAGAAUCAUGUUAGAUGAUAAAAGAACUUUGUUUCUUACUUA